AUGCUACCUUUAUCCGUACAUCGUGGUAAAGCAGGAGCUGCAACGUCAACAACUUUAUUUGCUGCGCUUUUCUCAUCACUACACCCAUCCCGUACCCUCUCUAAUUUUUCGACCUCUUGGCGGAGGAAAGGCUUGGGAUCUUGGCACAUCACGGAAAUACCAAAUAUGAUAUCCUUGAGCACAGUCCCAGCUCUUGGCAUCCUUCUUCUCUCCCACCUCCAACCCUGUUUGGCCGUCACUGUCUACUACGUCGACGGGCAGACACCUCUGAACGCUGCUACAACCACAAGUGCGGGCCCGGUGUACACAGGACUGGCAGCGUAUGACCCCACGACGCUGCAGCCCCCUCCACCACCUGGUCCAAGUGUGGUGCCUACCUCAUUUGCGUUGCAAUUGACGAACGCCGUCCCGAAUGGUGCAUCGAUCACGCAGAAUGGGUCCUUCUUUGGUUUUUCGAUCGAGAUGUCAGUUGUGAACCAAGUUUUGGGCAAGAAUGCCUCGGUCCUCCAAGUUCCAUUUUUGAACCUCAUGGCCAAUCUUCAAUCCAGGGGAGGACAAGUUCACAUACGUGUUGGUGGAAAUACCCAAGAGACUGCCGUGUUGGUGCCUAGUACUCCGGAUGGCCGAAUUCUAGAGAAAGACUAUAGUGGCAUUACGAACCCAACACAAACCCCUCCGCUGAUCUAUACCCCAGAGCUCCUUUACAUGCUCAACAAUAUCUCUUCGCUUGUGAACGUCAAAUGGCACCUAGGCAUCCCGUUCUUCAAUACUACGCCCUUCAACCUAGCGAUUGCGGAACAAGGCCAGCAGAUUCUAGGAAGCAACCUUAUCGGAUUGCAAGCUGCAAACGAACCUGACUUGUAUGCUGCCCAUUUGCAUCGCAAUACGACGUACGGACCUUUUGACUAUUUCGGGGAAUUUGCGACCCUCGUGGACGCAGUCAAUGCGGAUUCCAAUGUCCCGACCAAAAACCUCUUGAUCGGUCCCAGCGUUUCGACAACUUGGACGCCGGAGGAGGUGUGGAACACGGGGUUCAUCGAUGCCUACGCCGCAAACCUUGCAUUCCUUUCCGUCGAGCGGUAUCCAACGGACAACUGUGGUGCCAAAUUCCCGAAUUCUGGCAUAGCCAUCGUCAAUGCAUCUGAUGUCUUCCCGGGCUUCCUUGUACACGAUUCCGCUCUCAACCUCGUAUCCUCAUACAUAAAUUCGUGCCAAAUUGCGCAACAGAAGGGCAAGCCGUUCCUCAUGUUCGAGACAAACACGGCAUCGUGCGGUGGUUUCCCUGGUCUAAGUGAUGCCUUCGGGGCUGCGUUGUGGGGCAUCGACUACGCGAUGCAGAUGGCGGCCAUUGGGUUUUCUGGCGCUCUCUUCCACGUUGGUGGGCAGAGCGUGUCGUAUAACCCCUUUACUCCACCACCUACGAAUCAAAGCACUUAUAACCAAUGGACUGUCGGUCCGAUCUAUUACUCAGCCCUUGUCGUCACCGAGGCCCUUGGUGUAACUAAUACAUCUCGCGUCAUGGACCUGCUGGCUAACGGAAACAACACAUACACCCCCGGCUAUGGGAUUUGGGAAAACGGGAACCUCGCCCGAGUGCUCUUGAUCAACUUUGUCUCCGACAGCACUGGGGCGAGUGACAUCAGCGUCGAUCUCGGCCUCUCGGAUGCUCAGGUGCCGGGCCAGGUGCAGGUCAAGAUCCUGCACGCCGAUAGCGUGUCGCAAAAGGGCAACAUCACCUGGGCAGGCCAGACUUACGGGGCGAACUUCGACUCAGAUGGACGACCAAUGCGGUCUGAAGACGUACAGGCUGUCACCUGUGGGCCCAGUGCCACGAGCAACGGGGCAUCCGUAUGCACCAUCAAGGUUCCUGCACCUGGUGCUGCACUCGUCUUUCUUGAUGCGGCUGCAGCCCAGGCUGAAACGGCUGGUGCCCCAAGCCAGACAUUCUCGACGACAUUCGUGACGAGGCUCCAUAACACGGUUACGAUUGACCCGGGGGUGUUGGCUACGUCGAAUGGGCAUGGCGGCAUGGACAAAGAUCUGGGAAGCACGAGCCCAGGCAGCUUGAGUGGUGCGGAACGGGUGGGUGCUGGUGCUGUGCUGGUAUUCGCGGUACUGGUGGGAGCACUUGUCGUGCUCGGGGGUUAG